AUGUGUUUGCAGCUUUAUCAACCUUCUUAUGACUUUAACCUGUCUGAUCCUUAUUGUCGGCUUUUGGGAACUGGCUAUAAAAGCCUGCACGAUCCACAUUUAAAAUCAUACUAUAGGCGAAAAGAUAUCCUGAGGAGAUUAAAGAAAGGCGGCUAUGUCACCAGCAAUAAUAAGGUUGUUUGCACCUUGAAGGAAUUGAAUAAGUACAGGCAGUAUCUCACCAGUUUGAAGUUAGACUUUGAAAGAAACUAUGUCAGAGAACAAAAAAUGAUUGAAAAACAAGUAAAUAAAUUGUAUAAAACCAAGAGAGCCUGUGACAGUUAUGGCAAUACACAGUUCCAAGAUUGGCUGUUACAAGAAAAUAAACAAACAACUCCAGACCAAGAGCUGUUGAUAAAGCAAAGAUAUUUAGACAUGAUCAGCUUGGAAUUAAACAAGCUUGAACACACGGCAGAAAAUCAGAAUGUACUCCGGAUAAAGGAAGAAGAAAGACGACAUCGGGACCACAUUAGAAGAAAACUUAGUCUCCAGAGACAAAUUGAAGAGGAAUGGAAAACAAAAGAAAUGUUACUUCUGUCAAAGAUUGGAGAAGAAGUAAAGAGAGAAGCAAGGGUUGAAGAACAACGUAAAAAAGUUAAAGAAGAUGCUCACCAUAAGAAAAAAGCACUACUCGAGAAAAAAAUCACUUAUCAUUUACAAAAAAUGCAAAGGAGUGACCUUCAGAGAGAAGGGUCAGAAGCAAGUGUAUUUCAAAACAAAAGUCAAGAUGAAACAGAAGGUGAGAGAGAAACAAUAAAAGACAAAGCUGCUUAUCCAAAGAUCAAGAAAAUGAGUGUCACUGUCGGUCACCAGACGUCACACCAAGGACAAAAAAGACCAUCCCAGCAUUUGUAUAGUUCUCUAAAGACUCCUGAAAGAAGAUCAACCUCCUUGCAUUCUCCACAUGAUAUACAGAGUAACACAACAGAACAAAAGAAAGAUAGAGAAACAAUUAGGACAUCAUAUCCUUCAAAUGAUGGAGAAACUACUACACUUCAGAGUCCAGAUGUUUCUGCGAAAACACCAGGUGUCUAUAGAUACUCUCUACAGGAUACUUCAAAACAACAGGUGACACGUGCUGAUUUGAAUGAGGAAAAGGCCAAGAAAUCAAGCUUAAACUAUGAGCCAGCUCCUGGAGUCUCCUUUAUUCACGACUCACCAAUUAGACAAGACUACCAUCCAAAUCGCUGUCAAGAAAAACUACAGACAGAGUGUUUAGUUAGAACUGGACACAGCAUUGAAACAUUGAGAAGAGCAUCAAUAAGUGGGAAGAGUUACUCAACUGAGAUACCUGUUGCGGGAAACAGAAAGAAAGAAAAACGCGUUUCUUUGGAUCAGAUGGGACGACUGAAUAUAAAGCCUUUAGAGACUUCUAGUAGGAAUUCAUUUCAGAGUUUAAUAAAGCCCGACAUCACCAAAGUGGAGCUUUUAAAAGAUGUCCAAAGCAAAAAAGAUCUUAUCAUUCGGUUAAUAACUCAUGAUAUUAGUCAAGAAAAUUUAGAAAGGAAAGAAGAAAGCUUAGCUUCUGAUGAAGAUGAAGUUGUUUUACGAGAGGUUGUUAAAGAAGAAGAAGAAUUUCCAGAAAACUCACUCGAAGAUCAAGUAAAAGAAGACAUGAAGCUCACUACCAGCACAGUGGCUCACCCUAAGCCACCAAUUAGCAAGUGCAGUCUGAAAAAACUUUUGUCAGUAGGAAAAUGUCAGCCCAAAUCCAGUGUAACUAUAAUUACUGAAGGGUCACGGGCAAAACAGAUGGAAUCUGAACAGACACUAAUGAGAACUGUUUCUAACAUUGAUGUAACUACCUCAGAAUGCUUGACUGACACAAACUCGCCUUGGGAGAAAAAGACACAACUGAGCGAAACAGAAAUGAGAUCUAGCACUGAACCAACACAUCACUUCAUCCAUAGAAUGAUGAGUGCAUCUUCAUAUAAUGAAGAAGAUCUGCCUUCAUUUUCUAGUUUUGAUGACGAACGUCUGUCAGAUCCAAGUGCCAAGGUUACAGAAGAGAGUCUUGAAUGUCCACCUCUGGAGAAUUUGAGCAGUCUUAAGUUUAUCACCCACUAUCAACGCAGAAGUAACCUGACCAGCCAAUAUCCCUCAAACGAUGACACUUCAGACUUUGAAAAGCACCAUACUUCUUCGAGACAGGGGUCUGAAAUGAUGAGGAAGAUAUCAUCAGCUUUCUUGAAAGUGUUUUCAAGAUCUAACACCAGUGUUCCGAAACCUUCCUCACCCUCACCCCCUCACCAGGACAGAAAGUGAGACUGUAACACCCAAUAGCAAUAAGCAUGUUGACCUUCCUCAAAAAAUAAAUGGUUGUUAAAGCUGACAUUGUGUCCUACACAUUGAUUCUUAUAAAUAUUGAAAAUAAGAGCAAAGAAAGCAUAAAAAGGCAGUUGGAGAAAAGGAGGGUUUUGAUAAAUGCUUCUGACAAGCAUUUUGGGAUGAAAAGAGCAGCUUUGUGUCACAUAUAGAUGCAUCUAGCAGGUAGUGUGGGGUUGAAGCUCUGCUCUUGAGGGCCCUGCAGCCUUGCUGGGAAGAUGAUAACUAACUUCAAAGCAAAAGUGUGAUACCAAUAAAACAACGUGUCAUCACAUCUUUCAGGCACCCUAGGUGUUCAAAGAAGGGAGUCAUCACUGUGGGCUGGAGUGGUCAGGAUACAUUUCCUGGAGGAACUGGAAUUCAGACAAUCCUCAAAGGACCGUUAGGAUUAGGGAGGCCUUGACGGCAUCAGGAAGGCUAUCCCCUCAGGUCACACACCUGCAUACACUGCUGCCAUGCCUGAACAAUUUAGCUCUGGCCCACAGGACAUCCUACGAUGAUGGAAAUGGUCUGUAUCUGCUCAGUUUGGUACAGGAGGCACCAGCCCCUCGUGGCUAUUGUCACUAGCAUGACUGAGGAACCCAGUCUUUCCAUUUUAUUUCAGUUUAAAUAGCCACAUGUAGCUAGUGGUUCCCUUAUCAGACAGCACAAGUCUAAUUGGUACAAGGCCUCAGGGACAGCAGCCAACUCCAACUAGGUUGAAGGAUUCCCUGAAAGUUCAUUUCCAAAGUGUAUCCUCAAACAAAGACGUAUAGAGAUCUAACUCCUCAGGAGGGCUUUGAAGCCUCCAGGCAUCCUCUUGGUCCCUUUAAGAGACAUGAACCACCAAUGUGGCCAGAGAGGAGCUCAUGGUUUCCAGUCAUAUUUGUGCCGCUGCACUUGUCAAAACCCAAUUGAUGGAGAAAGGAUAAGCCCCAUGGAGAACAGCAAAGUCAGGGAAUCACAAAUAGAAAAUUGGAGCCUGCAUCUGCCAGCUGGCCUCAAGCAGUACUUGGCUAGAAACGGCUUCCAUGAGACAGAAACACAUGAAGAAGAUCACUCACUAGUCAUUCUCAUACCCCAGCUUUACCCAGGAAUUUAGGUCAGUGGAAGGUCUCAGCCUUAUACUAAUGCCCAAGGGAAAUAUUUCUAUGCAAGUAAAUUUCCUUUAUGCUGUACCUAUAGUCCAGAAAUGUUAACUGAAGUUUAAUAAAUAGAAUGGCAGGCAGUUCUGCCCAAAUAUCACAUAUAUCUAAAUUGGGCUGCCUUCAUCUCAUUUUCUGUCCUUAUAUACUGAAGUUGAUCACACGCGGCAGCAUAAGUUCUAAAGUUAGCUUUUAAAGAUCCACAAUAAUGACAAGCACUGAUCUUACAUAAGCCUUUGUUUUUAUUAAAAAGUAAUACCAAAAAAUAAAAUUUUUUUUUAAAGUAACAGCAAUCUAGUUUGGAAAUCUAUAGUUAUAAAAGCUACAGUGAAAAGUUUCCCUCUCCUCUCCCAGCUGUUGCCUGGUUCACCUCU